ACAUAUAAGUUUCUGGCAGCGUUCCAUUAGCAGUGUGUUUGAAUUGCCUGCGAAAGAACAUUUCAGAGGAAAAGUUCAGCUGCUAGUUCAAACCCUAACUCUUUGGUUCUAUGGAUCCUCGUCGUCCCUCUCGGGUUAUAGAUCCAAAAGUUCGUCGGGUGGGUUUUUUCGCACCCGACCCACACACUUCCGACCCGGAUAACCAUCCCGGGCUUUCCUCAUCUCCGCCCGGCAAUUCGGUGAUCCCUCACGCCUUCGAGAGCGUCUCACAGGCUGUCCCUGUUCCUAAUUCUACGUCGACGUCGCGGCCUCGGCGGUCUUCUUUUGACGAGAGUGAGCAAUUGGUGGUAGGAAGUUACAAUCCUAUGCAGUCGGUGCUUGGAACUUCGCCGACGUCUAGUGGAAUUGGCGUAGAGGGAGAGUUUUCCGAGGACUCAACACACUGGAUUCGUCAGACUGACGGCUUCAGUUUGACUUCAGCUGCCCGAUUGACGGAGUCGAAAGACGAUCAAGAACAGAUCAGUGCACAAGUUGCCGAAACAUCGAAUGAAGUAGAAAGAAAUGGAAAGCCACUAAAAGGGAAGAGCACCAAGGCUGAAAGGCGUGCACUGCAGGAGGCUCAACGAGCUGCAAAAGCUACUGGAAAAGGUGGGGAAACAUCUGGGACAAAGUUACGCGGACAGUCUGGUAAACCUACUAAGCAGCCUUCACAAAAGAAAGAUAGUGGCCCGAUGAUAUCAUCUGUAGCUACUCAUGAGACAAAAGGAGGUGACCGACCCCUAGAGAAAGAUCGCAAGAAAGAUGUACCUGCUCCUAGGAUGCAAUUUGAUGAUAAGAAUCGUGUUGAAAAAGCUAAGAAGCGUGCAGUAGUUAAAAAGACUGAAGCUAGAAAUAGGGUAGAACUGUUUCGGCAUUUACCUCAGUAUGAACAAGGAACUCAGCUACCUGAUCUUGAAUCAAGGUUUUUCCACCUUGACCCUAUGCAUCCUGCAGUUUACAAGGUCGGACUGCAGUAUUUGGCUGGGGAUGUAGUUGGGGGCAAUGCUCGCUGUGUUGCAAUGCUGCAAGCUUUUCAACAAGCCAUCAAAGAUUACUCUACACCUCGUGAAAAAGCUCUAGGUAGAGAUUUAACAGCAAGAAUCAAUGGCUACGUUUCAUUUUUUAAUGAGUGUAGACCCCUUUCUAUUAGCAUGGGGAAUGCAAUUCGCUUUCUAAAAGCUCGUAUAGCCAAGUUAUCUUUAACUCUUUCUGAGGCAGAAGCAAAAGCCGCUCUUUACUCAGAUAUUGAGCGCUUCAUUAAUGAGAAGAUAAUAUUAGCUGACAGAGUAAUAACAAGACAGGCAGUUACGAAGAUCAGAGAUGGUGAUGUUCUUCUCACAUAUGGUUCUUCCUCUGUUGUUGAAAUGAUUCUGUUACAUGCUUAUGAGCUUGGGAAGCGAUUCCGUGUAAUAGUGGUAGAUUCUCGCCCUAAACUUGAAGGCAAGGCACUACUUCGGAGGCUGGUGAAGGGGGGCCUGUGUUGUACAUACACUCAUAUAAAUGCUGUUUCUUACAUUAUGCAUGAAGUCACUAGAGUGUUCAUGGGUGCUGCAUCUGUAUUAUCUAAUGGGACCGUCUACUCUAGAAUUGGGACUGCAUGCGUUGCUAUGGUUGCUCAUGCAUUCCGUGUUCCUCUACUGAUUUGUUGUGAAGCUUAUAAGUUUCAUGAGAGAGUGCAGCUUGACUCUGUUUGUUCCAAUGAGCUAGGUGAACCAGAUGCCAUUUCCAAAGUUCCUGGUAGACUGGAUGUAAAUUCUUCGGAUAACUGGAUAAGUAAAGAUAAUAUUCAGCUUCUGAAUUUGAUGUAUGAUGUUACUCCUUCAGACUGUGUCUCGAUGAUCAUCACAGAUUAUGGCAUGAUACCAACUACAAGUGUGCCUGUGAUUGUGCGAGAGUAUGGGAGAGAACACCUCCUGAUAUGAACUGCCCAACUAAUGUAGCAAUUGGAUGUUGCAACAGCUACCAACUUACUGACAAUUUCUGCUGUCAUAUAAUACCUAAUAGGAAAUGAAUGCAAUUAAAAUCAUUUACCUUACAGAAAAAAUCGAAUGCAUGCAUUAAUUUUUUUUUGUCUUGAAGUUUAUAGAAAUUUACACAGGUCUCAGUAAGAUCUUUCAUUUAAAAUAUUAAUUCUCUGACAAAAUUUACUAGGUCAUAGGUGUCGGUGGCCCUUUGUUGGAUUGAUGUUUGUAUAUUUUACAAUACAAAAUUUCUCACGGAAGAUUCCGCUAAGAUUUUGAGAUUCUUGUGCUA